AUGUCGAGCUCUACACUGCAGGGGCAACCAGCACCCACCUCAGCAGCAGCACCAGCAUCCACAUACCACAAGGAAGUCUCACCCCUCCACCACACAUCACAUCAAAGCCCAGCGAGCACCAUCGUCGACGACACCACCACAGCCCCACCCUCCCCUUCCACAGCCAACGAGGAUGGUCUCAUCCUCGAUUCCAGCGGCGGAGUACCUAAGCUGCGCUCAGCGCUUCAGGACGCACGAGACUCUACCGGUGCUGCCAAAGGAGUUCUCCUCUCCCUCGGGUGGCUCGAUCGACUCCUCUCGCUCUUCAUCAUCAUCGCUAUGAUCCUCGGCGUCGUCAUUGGAGAAUUCGCACCCAAUGCAGCACAGAACUUGUCCAAGGGAAAUUUCCGCGGUGUAUCUGCACCCUUGGUGGUCGGGUUGAUCGUCAUGAUGUGGCCCAUCUUGACGAAAGUUCAGUACGAGAGGUUGCCGCAGAUGUUUGCGACCAAGAGGUUGUGGUACCAGCUGGUGGUGUCGUUGGUGCUCAACUGGGUGUUGGGUCCGUUCUUGAUGCUAGGUUUGGCUUGGGCGACACUGCCCGAUUUGGACGAUUACAGGGUGGGGGUGAUCAUGGUCGGACUCGCUCGAUGCAUCGCCAUGGUCAUGAUCUGGAACAAGAUCGCCAGAGGUGACAGCAACACGUGCGCCAUCAUCGUCAUCGUCAACUCUGUCCUUCAGAUCGUACUGUAUGCACCGCUGGCGGUGCUCUUCGUCAACGUGAUCUCCAACGACGACGGAUUCCGCAUCGACUACUCGGACGUCGCCAUCGCUGUCGCCAUCUACCUCGGCAUCCCACUCGCUGCUGGAGUCCUCACGCGCUUUUUCGUGCUUGGAGUCUUUGGACGCGACUUUUUCCACCGAAGGUUCCUCCCCUUCUUCGGCCCGCUCUCGCUCAUCGCCCUCCUCUACACCAUCAUCAUCAUCUUCGCAGAGCAAGCACAGCACAUCCUCGACAACCUCGGACCGGUUUUCCGCACCUUUGUACCUCUGGUGCUCUACUUUGCACUCAUGUGGACCGGAACUUUCGCCUUAAUAUGGUGGCUGAGUGUCCGCUACGGAAAGACAGAGUGGGGUUACCAGAUGGCUGUCGUGCAGGCGUUUACCGCGGGAAGCAACAAUUUUGAAUUGGCCAUCGCGGUCUGCGUGGCAGUGUUUGGUGUGGGCUCGGAUCAGGCGUUGGCAGCGACGAUCGGACCGUUGGUAGAGGUGCCGGUGCUGUUGGUGUUGAGUUGGGUGGCCAUGUUCGUGGGGAAGAGGUUGAAGUGGGACAGGGGUCUGGAGGCAAGUCAGAGGCGAGUCAAACAGAGGAAGCAGCAAGAGGCAGUUGCCGAUCUGGAGAAGUAG